AUGUCAAGCAGACAGGGUGGUAAACUCAAGCCUCUCAAGGCUCCCAAGAAGGACAAGAAAGACCUCGACGAGGAGGAUGUUGCUUUCCAGCAGAGGAAGAAGCAGGAAGAGGCUGCUGUCAAGGCUGCCAGGGACAAAGCUUUGAAAGGAGGGGCUCCCGGUGGUGGAAUCAAGAAGUCUGGCAAGAAGUAA